GUACUUUCCUCAGUGCCACCAUUCACUGUAAUUCACCAAUCUUGACAGAAAAUUCUAGACUCACAUGCAACUUCUAUUCUCUUCCACCAUAUCGAUAUCUAAUAAUUAACCUUCUAAUUUAUAACUUGUACAAUACAAACAUUGACUUUACAAUCUUUUACACUUAAAAAUAAUUAAAUAUUUAAUCUUCAAUCUUCAAUCUUCAUUCCACUCCCUCUACAAGUUUCAUCCCCAUUUCAAAUCCUCAACUUCAAAAUAAUAGUAAAACACUAGAAUCCAAGAUGAGCUCCAACAGGCUUCUGCGAGGGAGCUGCCACUGCGGUAGGAACCAAUACACAGUUCAGAUUCCUACUGUUCCUACUGGCACAACUGAAGCUGCCCAGGUUCUUUUUGAUUCAACUGCAACUCAUAGAAUCUCUUCCGCUACGCCACUUUCAGCCUUCCUAAGAGUUCCGCUCUCCUGGUAUCAUAGCCAGACUUUUCCGUUCUUUCCCGACGAGUCGAGGGCCAAUAUUCGACGUGUCUAUUCACAUCCUUCCGAGCAAAGCGCCAUGCGACAAUUCUGCGGAUUCUGUGGCACUCCUCUGACUUAUUGGUCAGAAGACCCCAGAAGCGAAGCCGACUAUAUCCAUUUGACCCUUGGAAGCCUGUUGACUGAAGAUCUCCAUGACCUGGAGGAGCUCGGUCUGAUUUCUGACGAGGCGGAACAAGAUCCUAUGGACAUUGUCCCUACUCGCACCUCUAACCAAGGAUCCCAAUUGAUCGGACGUGACAUAACCGGCAUUCCGUGGUUCGAAACUAUGAUCCUAGGUAGUAGAUUAGGCAAUAUGCACACCACACGAACUGUGCAACAGAGUCGAGAUGGUAAAGUUCGGGUUGAAUACGAAGUCACGGAAUGGACAGAAGACGACGCAUCGGAGAACGAGGAAGAAACGCCUGGAUCUUCUGCAACGGGUAAGAGAAAACGUGGACAAGUCGACAACGGAGUAGCCAGCAAUGCUGCGAGUACUGUUACCUAAGGUUAGGUUAGGACAGUCCUUUCGGCCACCAUCCAUGCGGUCGAUUAUCAGUCUACCUACCUCUACCUACUUAUUUUAUGACGAUUACGCCUAAGGGGGGCAUCGGUGGGAAUGAGCAACGAAAAAAAAAACUGGAGAAAGAGGUCAAGUGCUGCAGCAUCUGUCGGUAACAUGC